UGAUAAGAAAAUUUUAAAUUAAAAAUACUGGAUUUGAACAAGCAGUAGGAAAAAAUGGUGAUAAAUUGAUGAUAUAUUCUUUUAUUAUAGGAUCUGCAGAUUAAAAACAAAAUUUGGAAAAUAUUUAGUUAAUAGGAUGAACUGCAUAGUGUAAAAUAUAGGUAUAUAAAUAUAAAAUCAUUUUUAAGAUAUCCGUUAUUAGAUCAAUAGCCUUAGAAGAUAACGGCAUCAUUGUAGUAGAUAAAAUCUGAAUUUCAGAUCUCUAAUAAUAUUUAUUAGAUUUAAUAUAAAUGCGAACCAUAGGUGAAAAUAUUCACCUGAGAUAAUACUUAAAGAUCAGAAAGAAUGAGAAUAAUGUGAGUG